AUCGCAAGCGAGACUCCAACCAAAACAUCAACUUGCAUUCACGACACACAGUUCUAAACCUCUCAAGUCUACCCGGAAGCAACCCAAGCAAAACAAUGGAGCUGUCCAAGAUGUUCCUUUGGGCUUCGCUGGCCCUCACCACCACGGCCCUCCCUCGAGCUGAAGGAGUCAAUGGUGACGGCAUCGCCGAAAAGAAGGACAACAGUGCUGUCCGUUUCACCAUCUCGGAGGACGGUAUCCCCAUCAUUGUCAACCCCGUCUUCGCCAUGGCCACUCUCUCUACCCAGCCCGCUUCGGCCCUGCAUCUCAACACGACCGACCCUGCCACUCUCGAGUCGAUCCUGCCGGCCCCCAAAUCCACUACCCGGGCUCAUGGCAACGAGAACAACGACGGCGCUUUCGGCCCCCGGAACGGUCUUUUCCAUAAUCCCUGCGACACUGCUCGCUGUGGCGAUGGAACCACCUGCAUUGUCGCACAGGGACGCCCCAAGUGUGUCUCUGGUGCUACCUGCGGGCCCGCGGUCUGCGGUCGCGGCACGGUCUGCUGCAACCACAGCUGCGGCAUCUGCACGCCCCCGGAUGGCUUUUGUAUCCAGAUGCUCUGCGGGAGCUAACCCGGCAACUCCGACCGACAUGCCUCCCUACGAGGCUACGGUACUACCUAGAGAGUCUGGCAUGGAAAGGGUGGCAUGGAAAGGGACAUGGAUUCUGGGGUAGAUAGGAUUCAUAGCAAAGCCAUGGCAUUCACC